AUGACAACAUCAAUUGUUCCUAUUCGGACAUUUAUUUGCGUUUGGUUACAUGAUCCUGGAUGUACUGUUGCCACCGAAGAAAAUAUUAAAAAGCUCAAAAAAACAUUUCAAUAUUUUCGUAUCUUUACUACUGACAAAGAUUUUUAUGAUUAUAUGGGUAAAGAUCAAUUUGCGAGUAAAAUAAUCUUAAUCAUUUCUCAUACAGAACAUGAUCAAACUCUUUAUAAUCUUGCAAAAGUCCCAGGUCCCAAAGAAUACUUUCAAGGCGUUUAUCGAUUUCUACCACAAUCAGCAUCAAAUAACAUUGAUUUAUUUAAUAAUAUAGAUGGUUUAUUUCAAAGAAUUCUUAAUGAUUUAAAUAGCUAUUUGAUAAAAGAAAGACAAAAUGAAUCAACAGCUAUAUUUCGAUCAAAAUCAAAAACUUACAUUCGGUGUUUGCAUGAAGAAUCAAAAGAAACAUUUAUGUUUUUAACGGCAUUAAAAAUUUUACUACAAAUGACUCAUGAUGCAAAUACCAUAAAUGAAAUGCUUCGAGUUUUACGUGUAGAAUAUCACAAAGUUUUCCCUCAAAUCAAAAAUAUCGAUAAACUUCAAAAAUAUAAACCAGACAAAGCAAUCGAAUAUUAUACUGACGCAACAUGUCUCUUUGCUGCUGUGAAUGAAAUUUUAAGAACUGAAGAUAUAAAAGAAAUAUUUCCAUUUCGAGUUUAUGUGACAGAUUUGCACAAUGGAUUGAGAGAAAAAAAUCGUCAAGGUAAUUUUGAACUUCCUCUCAAUGUCUCACGUGGUACAACAAUGCCACCGAGUCUAUUACAAGAACUAAUUGAUAAUGAAAAGGGUUAUAUCACUAUGAAUGGUUUUCUUUCAACAAGUAUGAAUAGAGCUGCUGCUUUGCGUUUUGCUGCAGUUGAUACAACAAGUCAAAAUAGUCAGGUUGAUGAGAUCACUCGAAGUGUUCUUUUCAAACUCUGUGUUGAUAAGGACAUUCAACAAUCAUUUGCUCAUCCAUUAGAGCCUUGUUACACUGCUGAAGAAGAUGAAAUUUUAUUUUCUGUCGGUACUAUUUGGUAUAUCGAAACGGCUAAAGAUGAAAAAAGUUAUUGGGAAAUUACUUUAAAAUCAUAUGAUGAAUUAAAUCCGAAGUUAGAAGAAAUUUAUAAGCAAUAUACUCAAGAUGGUGAUACACUUAUCGCAUUAGGUAAUAUUUUAUAUACACUCGGUGAUACAGAUGGAGCAGAAUGGUUUUAUCAACGAAUGUUAGAAGAUACAUCACUCGAUGAUCAGAUUCGUGCUUGUUUACAUAACAAAAUUGGAAUGAUACGAAAAGAAAAAAAAAAUGAAGAUUAUCGAGUGGCACUUUACCACUUUGAAGAAGCCUUAAAGGCACUUCCAUUGCCAGUCGAACAAUCAACAGAAUGUCUUCAACCUAGACCACAUUAUAUUGACUCUAAUCAAUCCGUUCGGUUUACCGCUCACUUUAAUAGUGGAUUUGUACAACAAAAACUUGGUAGAUAUUCUUAUGCAAUAAAAAGCUAUGAAAAAGCACUUGAAGUCGGAGGUACCGAAUUGGAGAAAGCCGAUGUACACAAUAAUAUGGGGAUUAUGUUUAAUGAAGAUGGUUUCUAUUUUCGAUCCUUAAAAGAAUUCAUCACAGCAAUUCAACUUCUUCAUGAUUCUGGUCAAUAUUUAUUAGAUUAUAACUUCAACUUUGAGAGAGCCAAGACAAGAUGUACCAAUUAUGUUCAACAACACGGUAAAAGGAACAAAAGUACAAUGAAAAAAUGUGUUGCAACGAUCUCUUACAGAUGA